AUGCAUUGGUCAAGCGAAAGCAAGUUAUAUCGUUCUAAAACAAAUAAUUAUAUUACCGGAAAUUUAUAUGGUAUUCUACGAGGAGAUUCUGACAAUAAAAAUACUCAAGUCCUGCGUUGUGGGCAUUUUCGAUGUUACGGGACGCAUUAUGUACCAACAAAAGCAGUUAUAUUCGAUGUGUGCAUACGGCUUGUCGAUGGUUCGAAAAGUUAUAUGGAAGGACAAAAUUUGUUGAUGAAGGAGGAAAUUUUCGUAGUUAGUGAAAUAAGUAAAUUAGUUAGUGAUUUAGAAAAAACGUCACUAUUCAUCUCUUCUGACGAAGAUAUACCAUUACAAGACAUCGAGUUUUUCAAUCCAAAUUUGCCGAAGGCAACCGAUGUUCAUGGAUUUUUUAUUCAUGUAUUCAAUGGCAUUUAUUUGUAUUCGAAAGGCACAAUGACGUACGGCAAACAAAUAGAAGAUCGUACUAUUUCGAUGUUAGUCCCUAGUACAGGUAGUAAAUGGGGACGAAUAUUGGAAUAUUAUGCCAACAAUAAUCCGACAAACUGGAUUUACGAACGUUGUUUGUAUUGGUCAUUAUCACAACAACAAUUCGUUAAUCAAACAGUAGUUGGAGACCAGGACUUACCAUCAGUUGAAUAUUUGUAUUUAACAAGAUUUUUAAUGCGUUUUCGUAUUGAAACGGAAAUUCAAAAUAAAUAUAAUAAAAAUGAUGAUGAAGACGAUAGCGUUGUUAUGGGACAAAAUCGUAAUGAUACUGAUGUCGAUUUGUUAGAAUUAGAUUUAGUUCCGAUUUCGAGUGCAGCGAAACCACCAACACAAUGGAUGAAUAUAACAUUACCAGUUGUUAAAAUUGCUGUUAAAUACUGUAAUGAACUGGUUAGACCACAAGGCCUGCAACUAUUUAAUAUUAAAGCUGAUUCGUACGAAGUUCAUGCCGAUGAAUGUAAAAAUCAGAAAAAAAUAUUGGAUUUUACGUUCAAUGUAUUUCAAUUAAGCAAUUUAACAUUUCCUGGCCCGUUUCACAACGCAGGACGACCAGGUGUUGUUGUUAAUGAAUUUUUACAUGAUUUAGCCGAAAACGGGCUAUUGAUUUCGGGUGGAUUUUUGAAAACAUCUCUCGAAAAUAAAUUAUCUUACUUUGCCAUCAAGACUAGAUCAGCUUUAAAAAAAGCCCUGACCUAA